UUGUAAGUUUCAUAGAAUAAGUAUUCAAAAUAUUUACAGUUACGAAAAAUUUAAUUGGAAAUAAAACAUUUAAAAUAAAAUGACUUGUAAAACAUCUUAUGAGCUCUACCAUCAAUUUCCGAAGUUAGCUGAAGAGUCCGGAUUCGCGUUCAAUACGCACAGACCAAGGGUUCAUAUUGACUGGAAUAAAAUAAAAUUAAUUGAUGUCGAUAGUCUGAUAAGGGAAAGAAAAUUUGCGCUUGUUGAACAAUAUAUUAACGACAUUUUAGACUGCGUGCUGGAAUCUGAAUUUGAUGUACGCAUACUCGAUGAAGGCGUAUUGAAGAUGUUCCGGCUGGCACAACUGACAGUAGAGUAUCAGCAAUUCUGUCGACAUUAUCUCGACCGUAGUGUUUACGUCUUACGACAAGAAAUAAGUUCAUUGGCUCAGGAACUCUGUGCAACAAAAAAGGCUUUACAGGAAAAAGAAAAUGAAAUAAAAAAAAUGAAGAAGAAAACACGAUAUCCUUACCAAGCGCCUCUUGCUUAUGGUCAUGAUAAUAUAGCAUCUAUGAUUCUAAAGACACUAACAACUCGAGCAGACAUACUUCCGUCUACUUCUAAGGCGGAUAUACCGGAGUGUAAUAAAUGUAAAUACUGCGAUAAAGUCUUCCUAAAUCAACUUUACUUACAAAGUCAUAUUAAUAGACGUCAUUCGAAUUUAGUCGACGCACCACAGCGUGAUGACGAAAAUGGAGUUUUAAAUAAUAAUGUAAAUAGCAUAUUGACCAAAGAAAUUAUUGAACUGAAAAAUAAAUUGAAAGAAAUGGAGGCAGGAAUAGCUGAAACACAGAAAAUGAAUUUACUUCCUUCCGUCAUGAAGCCUACUGAAAUAAACAAUUCAGAGAGUGUCAAGGAACAUAAAAAAGAAGAAAAGUCGAUGAAAGAUGCUGAGGUCUCCACCAGUAACGACGAAUAUAUUUUAAGUAAAAUCGAAGAAUGGAAAACUGGCGAAAGACAAAAGUAUGAUAAGGAGUUGAAUGAUUUAAAAACUCAAAUAAUGGAAACUAUACACUUAAUGAAACAAAAUGAUGGUCAAAAUAAAUCAGAUGAAAAAGACCCGAAAAUCAUUGAACAACUACAAAUAAAAGUAGCUCAACAAGAUAGUGAGAUCUUAACAUUAAAAAAAGAAUUAAAUGAAUCGAGAGCCAUUGCACAAAAACAAACUAUUGAAAAAGAGAAGGAAGCUGAAGAACAGGUUUCGUUUUGGUCAAAACGAGCAGAAACUCAGUCUAAACAAUAUGAAGCAUUAAUUCAAAAAUUAAACGAGGUAGCAAAAGACGCAAAGGAAUCUCGAGCUUUAGCAGAAGCGGAAAGAGAAAGAGCUAAGCAAUUACAAAGUUUACUGGAACAAAGUAUGGCGGAAAGAUGUAAUGAAAAUAUGAAAAGCUUUCCUAUGAUUGAAAAGACAGAUGUUGUUCAGUCAUCAGUUACAGCUAAAACCGAAGACCGAAGCAAAUUUAAACAUUCACCAAAUAAAAUCAAUAAAUUUGGAGAUCGUCAAACAUUGGAAACUCUUCAUCGAAAAGCACAAGAGCUCUUAAAUAUUGGCUCAAUUAGUUCUAGUUCUUCCGAAAUUUCAAGUAUUGAGAAAGUGGAAAACACUGUAAUGAAAUCAAACGGUAAAGAAAUCAGCACGACGACAGCAAAGAACAAAAACAACAAAAUUGCGGUAAAUAAUGCGAAAAUUAAAAUUGACAAAAAACAAAGAUCAAACAAAAGAAAUAAUAAAACCAAGAAGAUGAACCCCUCUCCACCUGCAGACAUGCAAGAUGAUAACCAACAGGGUAUCCUACCGGGAAGUCCUUUGAAAGUACUACGGGCAAAGAUUACAGAAGAAGUCAAUAGCAGACUUAUAUCAGCUGGAGUAGAUCCACUGUCGAGCAGAUUACCAAGAAAUGUAUUCCAGAAACAAAAAAUGCAAUUACUUCAGAAGCAAGAAAUAAAAGCAAAGGAAUAUCCAGAUUAUGAGAAAAUCAGGCAUUCAGUUUUAACUUUUUUAGACAAUAAUACGAGGUCUAAAGAAGAUUGUAAGCAAACAAGCAGUUAUAUUUCAGCCAGUAACUCAAAAAAUCCUCUUUCCGCAAUUACUUCUGUUAUUUCUGGUGUAAAAUCGAAGGCUUUGUCUUUGAUGAAAAAUGGAGAAAUGAAUAACAGAGCUAAACAUAAAGAAACAAACGCAGUGACAAAACGUGCCACGUCUUUAUUGAGAACACCUCCAGGGUCUCCGAGUAAGGAUAAUCAAACGAAGCCAGCUGCAUUAAAUGCUUCAGUUGCUCACAAUGAUUUAUCAUACAUUCGUAAUAAAAGCCUCAAUACAGAUCAAAUGGAAAUGAAUGAUACCAGUUCGAAUUCUGAUUAUUCUGUAAAAAAUGGUCAUAAAUAUUAUUCAACAAACAUUGAACAAUGCUCUAAAUCAAUUGAAAGUUUAAUAAAAUCACCAGCUCAUCGACCGACUACGAAUAAAAAUAAAUAUAAUUUGGUAAACGGUGCACAGAAUUUGCUACAACAAUCUGAAAGUAAUCUAGUUACUGAGAUUAAAAAAAGUGAGAAGGCUCAAUCUUCACUAUACGAUAAUAGCAGCAGUGACGAUAUAGAAUCUAUACCGGUCGUAUUACAAAAAUCAUCGUCAGAACAGAAUUUACAUAAUGCUAAACAAACAAAAAGUGUUUUAAAAAAUGCAACUUCCACUUCAUCUUUGAACAAGAAAAAAGUAAUUUUCGACAUGGACGCUAUUCAAAUGAAAUCACUGAGUGCCUCACCAUCCCAGAGCAUAACUGAGAAAAAUGACAAUGAAAAAUAUGAACUAGGCUUGACUAACUUAGAAGAUGACGAAUGGGAUAUUUCUAGCAUAGAAAAUGAGGCCCCAAAAAUUGAAACAAAAAUUCAAGUCAACGCCCGUACAGGUCCGAAAAUAGCAGAACUUAAAAAAACCAUUGAGUCUCAACUAGCACGACGUGGUGAUAUAGCUUCUUCUAGUGUUAUAGGUGGAGUAGAUGUUUUUGGUUUAGGAGGAACACUGAAUCGAGCGCCCAGUACCGGUGGCAGUAAUACAAGCCUGGGCAGUUCAAUUUUAGAUGAAUCCGACAAUAUGCCUGUUUUAAAUAAUAAGAUUUAUUCUAAGAGGACUGACUGUGAAAUUUAUAAUACUGAUAUUUUGAACAACAUAACCAACAAUAUUAAAAAUGAUUCAUUUUAAUAUUUAUAUAUGUACAUCCUGUGUUUUGGUAGGGACUUACUGGUCACCUAUGCUCUAGCUCAUUAAGCUGUUACAUUAUUUGUUACAAUAAAAUUUAGUUUUAAGAUCAAGUAGGCUAAUGCUUGUUUUUUUUUUUUGUUUUUUUCUUAAUUGAUUACCAGUAAACACU